CAUAGGUGGCAUCAUGCUGCUCAUUGGCCUCUGUGGGCUGGCUGGGAACGGGGCUCUCCUCUCCUCAGCUUCUGCAGGAACCCUAUCACAGUCCAUAUCUUCCAUUCGGCUGUCGCCGACUUCAUCUUCCUGCUCUUUGUGGCCACCUCCCUCCUGCUCCACCUCCUGGAGGAAGUUUCCUGCUACACUCUUACACUCCGGGAGUACCUGAGGUUGUUUUUCCAGCUCUCGCUGUUCUCUUACACCACGGGGCUCUACCUGCUGACAGCCAUCAGCAUCGAGAGGUGCACAUCCGUCCUCUCCCCACUCUGGUACCGCUGCCACCGUCCCCGGCAUCUAUCAAGGUUCAUGACUGUCCUUCUCUGGGCCCUCCCCUUUGUUACAGUGGUUAUCCUGUGCCUGUCACUGAAGCCCCAGCACUGCCAGGUGUCUCUCAUCUCCAUGAAUGCCCUCAACCUCCUGCUCUUUGCUCCAGCCAUGCUCAUUUCCAGCACAUUCAUUAAGGUCAAGUGUAUCUCCCAGCAGCAGCAACCCAAGAGACUCAACAUCUUUAUCCUCCUCACUGUGCUCUUCAUCCUCCCCUUCACUCUCCCACUGGACUCCCUCUGGACUUUACUGCAUCAAUUUGGCUACACCAUGGUGUCACCCCAAGAGGUUUUCCUGCUUGCCUGCAUCCACAGCACCAUCAACCCCUUCAUCUGCUUCUUGGUGGGGAGCUGCAGGAGGCCCUGCUCCAUGGAGGGUUGCAGGAGGCCCUGCUCCAUGGGGUCCCUAAGGAAGGCCCUCCUGAGAGUCUUUGGGGACACAGAAGACACUGCCUGCAGCAAUGAUCCCGUCAUGGACAUUGUGCUCUGAGCCUUUUGAUUCCUGCCACUGCACUGCUGAAUAACCCCACCACAGCAGCUGAGAGAUUCCUUGAGUGACCUGAUUCAUAAAUAUCCACAGUAUCAUCCCUCCCCCUGCUGGUGCAUCCUCACCCUCUUUCCAGUCCACACUGAGAUCUCAGAAAUGCUCCUGGCCAAUGAAUUCCGUUGUGCUGAUGCUUAAUAAUAAAGCCGGUUUUGACAGA